CGCCCGCUGCCCCUAAUCCCGUAAUUGGCGGCUAACGGCCUGUGCCCGUCCCUAACCGUGGUGCGUGUGGUCCACAAACGUAGUGUCCGUGACAAGGGCUCCAUCGAGGCUGUUUGUCCUCCGGAGAGGUGGCUGCGAGCCGGGCGGGGAGGGGCCUGGAACGCUUGUUUCCAUGAAGGGCCUUGCGGGGCGGACAGGCCGCCCGCGUGUGCUGCGGACCCUGAGGGGGUCAGACCUGCAUGUUGGAGGGUGCGCGGGCCACGUGGUGGGUGGCCCCAAGGUCAAGGCUCCUGCGGCGCAGGCGGGAUCGGAGCCCCUGGGCAGCAGCCCCUCCAGAUCGGCCGCCUCAUCAGGAUGUGGGAAGUCGCCGGGCCAAGGUGUUUUGUCACCGCGCGGACGGCAAGAGAGCACGUCCUGUGUUGGAUGAGGGUGGUUUUACGUGGUGGUGACUGUGAUUCACGGCAGCGUCUCUUGGGCAGCUUUACAGACCUCUGGUGACUGUGUUCCGUGUCAUAAAUACGGCGGGAGGCACCAUUUCCAGAGGCUGGGAUGUUUGGUCCUAACUUCUCCAUUUGAACACAAAUCCUAAACCUUGUUAGGUUCGGCUGGUUCUCCGCCAGUUAGGGAGCCGGAGGGAAGCUGCAGCCCCGGGGAUUUAGUAGGGAAUGCUGGAGGAUCCUUAUACUCCGGGACGCGGCCGGCGCUGGAGGACCGCACGGGCCUCGGACAUGUGUUACAGGUCCCUGCUCCGUGGGGCGCGCGACAGCCAUGACCUCUGGGGGAGUCGCGUGCUCCCCAUCCAGGACGUGGCAGAGCUCCCGUGUCCAAGACCCGCGAUUCCUGCUGCCGGGAGUGGCCCGGCGUGGGCAGCGGCGCCCUGAGGGUCCACGUGUCCUGCAGUGAGUGGCCGUGUGUCUCCGAAGCAGCCCCUCGACCUCCCUGACUCGUCUUCUCAUCUGUCAAGUGGGCGGAGGUCCUGCAUCAAGGACCUGAGACCACAUGUUAGCACACCGGUUGACCCGGCCUGGCCCGCGGGCCCCCCAACUGUCCCCAGGCCCGUCCCCGGCACCAGCUGCACGCACCCCUUGGGGUUGGCUCCUUCCUCAGCUCCCGGGUCCCAGGCCGUGGCUCACCUGCUGCUUCCCAGGCACCUGGUUUGCGGGGAACGCUGCCUCCCACACGCACUGCCUACCGUGACCCCGACCCGUCACCCGCCUUACAUUCGUGUCCAUCUUUAGAACCAGUGUGAAAGGCUAAGUAUUUGCAGCAGGUAACGUGCACGGUGGAGAAGGGUGGAGCUUGAGGAAGAGAUGGCGAGCAUUUUUCCAAACCCAAGAACACGGCCGUUCCAUGUUUUAAAAGUGUUAGUUCCACCGGAAAUCAUGAGGAAGCGGACGCCAAACUCGGGACAUGGAGGGGAUGGUGGAGGGGCCGGGAGGCGUGGCCCCAGGGCGCGGACUGCGAUGCGGGGCUUCCGGCUGCGUGUGGAUCAGGGCCCCAGGCUGUCGGCCCCCGAGCGGCCUCCUCGCUCCCCCGUGAUGCUGUCUGGUGCUGGGAGCCCCCAUGCCCUGUGCCGACCCAGGGCCUUUUCCAAUUUUGGAACUUGUAGGUUCAGGGGCAUCCUUGGGUCAGCGAAGAGCGUUAAUCCACAGCAGGCACCUGAAAGGAACACACGUGUGGGUGGGGAGCCACCCGCAUCCCUGGUCCAUCCCAUCUGUGGGACAUGGACCUGGACGCCCAGGUGGGGCCUCUGUAGGUCACAGGACUGUGGUGCAAACGGCAGCUGGCGCUUGGGACCGGGGCCUGGCCGGGCACACCCGGGGCAGAGGGUUGUGGGCUGACUCGCAGUUUGCAAACCGUGCGUGUGUUUGCACGUCCAGGAGGGGGGAUGUGCAGGGACAGGCGGCCAGCAGGCCAGGGGCUGGUGGUCUGGGUCCCACAGCAAGCCGGUGCCAGCCAGCGCACGCAGGGCGGGAGCCUGCACUUGUUGGAAACUUGCAGGAAAGACGGCUGAGGAUGCAGGAAACCCCACACGGGCUUCAGCUUUUCCUUUUUUAAGAUUGUAUUUAUCGAUAUGAGAGAGAGCGCGUGCACGAGCAUGUGAACAAGAGCAGGUGGAGGGGCAGAGCAGGGACCUGGACGCGGGACUCGAUCCCAGGACCCGGGAUCAUGCCCUGGGCCGAAGGCAGGUGCUCAACUUCUGAGCCACCCAGGGGCCCCCAGGCUUGAACUUUUAAAAAGGAAAGAACAGUAAGCAGCAGUACUUAGGUCUGAGCUUCCCAAGGACACGGGGACCACGCAGGGGGACACGGGGACCACGCUGGGGGAGGGGCCGAGGGGCUCCCCUCCGGUGUCAGGAUGGGUCUCAUCCCCGUCUUCAGGGCCGACACUGAGGAAGCACCACAUUGUUAACAAAAUGAGGCGUCCCCCGAGUGCAGCCCCCACCUUGGGCCCAGCCUGCACCCCCCCGUCCUCUGGGGGAACCCUGCAUGCAGGGAUACCCCCACCCCCACCCCUGUGGGGCCUGGAGCCGACCCCCAGGCUCAGUUUCCCCUUGUAGCCAGGGGGGAGGGCAGUGCUACCUCCGGGAGGCUGCGGGCCUCUGUCCCGAGAACGAGCCGUGUCUGGACGCCACGUGCACACAGGGCAGCAGCAGAGCCACCAGCUGCGCCCCAGACCCGCGCCCCUGCUCGGGCUGUGCCCUUGGCGCAGAGUCAUGGACAUCCCCAGCUGGGGCUCCGUCCAGGCCUGGGAGCCAUCGCCCUAAGGCCCUGGUGGCCGCCAGCCGUGCCCGAUUCUUGGCGCGGAGGAAGGGAAGGAUGGACAAGACGGCUCAGCUUCUGCCCCCUGCUCACAGCGCCUGCCCCUGCGCUGCCUGCCCGCAACCCGGGGCACUGGAUCCCCGUGGAGUCCUGGGCGGCCCGAGGGGGGCCCCGGCCGGGGGUGGGGGUAGGGCCUGGGCACAGCGGCCGCCCUGGGCUGGCAGUUUCCAGCUGUGCUCGGACGCCGAGAGUGUCCAGGGUCGGGUCGGGCCAGCGUGGCCCUCCCUUGGCCGGGGUCACAGUCCAGCUGGGGUGGAGUCAGAUGACCUGGACAUGUUGGGGUGUGUCCCGCAGCGGCGGCUGCACCUGCUGCGGGGCCUCGGGGGCGCUCGGAGCCAUGAGCCAUCCCCGGGGUCAGGGUGCAGGGCAAGGCUCAGGCCCCAGCCCCACGCGGUGCCCAGCGCUUCCAGACGGGCCCUGGCCUGCGAGCAGGUGGUCUUAGGGUCCGCGGAAGUCGCAGUGGGAGGCCAGUCUGGUCUCUGGGGCCCUUUCUUGGCGGCAUGGCCCAGCUCAGGACGUGGGCAGGGCCCUGCGGACACCUCGGAAAGUCAGCAAGGCGGCCACGGUCCUCUCCAGGGAGCCCGCGGAUUGGGCCAUCUCCUGGGAACCCACACCCGCCCUCCAGAACCCAGCUCAGCCCCGGUUGGGAGACUCGGACGCCGCGGGGGUCACACCAGUGAGCAGACGGGUCAUUGGAAGAUCUGACCUCCUCUUACUCAGUCGAGCUUUGUGAAGUUCAGAGCGGGCAAGCAGCUUCCGGUAGCGACACCUGCCUCGGGGUCCAGGUGUAGAUGCAGCAAACUGCCCCAUUCCUCUUGGGGUCGGCUCUGGGGUCGGCUCUGGGAUCAUGGAGUGUCGUCCAGACACCACGUCUUCUGCACACGCCUGGUCAGACCCCAGCGCCCUCGAUUCAGGUCCGUGCUCCACGGGUCCUGGAUCCCGGGCACCUUGGCACCCAGUUCAGUCUGCUUUCCCAGAGCCACAGCCUUUUGUGGACGUGGGACACAGCAUAUGGCAGGUGGCUCGCACCAUGCUCGGAGCUCAGAGCCCCAGGAAGGGUCUGAGGGGUUCAACUCACCAGGGAUGCGCCGAGUUCUGACCCCGGCACCUGGUCACGCAGACUCGCGGAGAAAUGGGUUAGGAUGGGUCCUCAGCUUGGGCCUUCGUCUUUGUGAGAAGAGGGAGGCACCCUGUGAAUAGAGACACACGGGAAGGAGGCCAUGGGUCAGCAGGGGAGAGGGCAGAGGGAUGGUCCAGGAACAAGAAGGCCGAGGGUGCCGGCCCCACUGGAAGCCGAAGAGGCACAGAGGACCCUCCUCGGAGCCUUCGGGGGAGCCCGGCCCUGCCCACACCUUGGUCUCAGACUUCCCGCUCCAGAGCCCUGGAGACACGUUCCGGUGGUUCCAUGGUGCUGUGUCACAGAGGCCCCAGGACCCUGGCACAUGAUGUCUGUCCCAGGAGGUGCCCUGGCCCCACCUCUUCCACCAACAGGACACCUGGGCCACAAGUCUGCUCCUCCCUGGCAGCCCUGGCCCCUCAAGGGCCCCACGUGGCCACAGCUGUAGGGUCCCUUCGCACGCCCAGGCCCUGGGAUCUGCACACACCGCUCCUCCCAGCCGUCCACGUCCACCUGCUUUCUCUUCGUCCAAUACCACCAGGGAGUGAGCAGCAGCUGUGGGCCAUGAUUCUCAUGCUGGAGCAGAUCCUGAAAUCAAGGCAACAGUCACUCCGGGGCCAGGGACCAGGACAUGGCCAGUCGCGGGCCUCUGUGCUGUGGGGAUGCCCCUUGGACCACGAGGUGCAGGCUCCCUGAGGCUGGGCAGCAGGGAAAUGGGCAGCACUGAACCCAGAAACGGGAGUGUCAGCUGGAGAGUCCUCCCAUUUCCUGCCUUCCUGAGGAAGGCUGAGCAGGGUGGGCUCCCGGAGACUUUCCGGGAACCGUUCGGUAUGAACAGGCUCCUUCUCUCGGGACGUGACCAAGUACAGCCCAGAAGUGCAGCGCCAUCUCUCCCGCUCAGAGCUCAGGGCACCGAGGACUCCCCAGGGGAGCGAGGUUGGUGCUGUGCCCUAAGAGAGGACCCGCCAUGACCCUGGAGCGUCCUGAGCCCGAGAGGCCCCCGGGCGCCCUUUCUGUGGGGCAGUGAAUGAAAUCUGUGAUUGGAGUGAGUCCGAGUGCUAGCAGGGCACUGGCUGCCUCCCGGAAGCUGUCAGUGUUGCUGCCCCAGCCUCUCCCUACCAGGCCUGGGCGUCCCUGUACAGGCAGGACCACCCCCUGCUGCUGCUCGCCCACCUCCUCCACCUCUGCACAGACUGACACACAGCGGCCCUCGACAGCCUCUUGAUGAGGACACGUCCCAUCUCUGCGUGAAGGAAGGGGGGGGCGGUCCCCACACGAGGAGGCUCCAGGUGCAGCUGCAGCAGCUUCCUGGAACCAGAGUGGGGACGCUUUCCUCUCCAAACACUGGAAUUAAAACCCGGCCGCCUCUCCCGUCCUCCCUGUUAAGCAGCUCCUGUCAAUUUGUGGGAAUUUGCCCAAGAAAAAUGAUUGGAGUGUUUUUUUUCCCCCUCUACUUACAUUUCUUAAUCUUAAUGAAAUAAUGAAACAGCUAGCUCAUGACAACUGUGUUUUUUUCCCCUUUCUUCCUCUCAAUCUAAUUUGAUUACACAAAUUUGGAGUGUUUUCCACUGGUGUGCUGCGGUACACUCAUCACAAAGCAAGAUUUGCACUCCUGAGUGCUGGGGAGAGUUCCUCGGCAGCUAAUGAAUCACGCUAAUCAGAGAACCAUCUUGAAAAUUAAUACA